GGAGGGGCCUGCGGAAGGACGUUGAGGGGCGGGGCCUGGGGCGGGGCUGGUCCAGGGUUGCGCUGCGACGGGAGGGCACCCGGGGAGGAGGCGGAGCCUGGGAGGCAGGCGGGGCCUACCGGGGCAGCGGCGUGGCUGGGGGCGGAGCCGGAAGAGGGCGCGAUUCGUCGGGGGUGCGGCCUGCUGCGCGGGGGCGGGGCCUGCGGUGGGCUGAGUCUUGGCGAGAGACUGGUCCCCUCAGCUGCAGGUCAGCUUAAGUCUGGAGCUUGGGAUUCCUCAAGGGCCCUCGGGAAAGUCCGGGAGCAGGGAGCGCGGUUCCUUUCCUGGCCCCCAGCGUGUCUGUGGAGCUGACCCCUUCCACGCACAGCCUUGCCUAGGGUCUGGAAAGGGUAGUCCCACCCUGAGGAAGGGGCUCAGGAGGCGCGGGGUGGCUGAGCUCUGCGACCAUGAAGGUUAAAGUCAUCCCUGUGCUUGAGGACAACUACAUGUACCUGGUCAUCGAGGAGCACACGCGGGAGGCUGUGGCCGUGGACGUGGCCGUGCCCAAAAGGCUGCUGGAGAUCGUGGGCCGGGAGGGGGUAUCACUGACAACUGUGCUGACCACCCAUCACCACUGGGACCACACCCAGGGCAACACGGAGCUGGCAAGGCUGCUACCUGGCCUGGUAAUACUGGGCGCAGAUGAGCGCAUCUGUGCGCUGACCCGCAGGCUGGCACAUGGCGAGGAGCUGCGGUUUGGGGCCAUCCACGUGCGCUGCCUCCUGACGCCCGGCCACACCUUGGGCCACAUGAGCUACUUCCUGUGGGAAGAUGAGUGUCUGGACCCGCCUGCCGUGUUCUCGGGGGACGCAUUGUCUGUGGCUGGCUGCGGCUCACGCCUGGAGACCACAGCUCAGCAGAUGUACCACAGCUUGGUGGAGACCCUGGGCACCCUGCCCCCUGAGACAAAGGUGUUCUGUGGUCACGAGCACACACUGGGCAACCUCGAGUUUGCACAAAAAGUGGAGCCUUGGAACAACCACGUGAAGGCCAAGCUAUCGUGGGCCAAGAAGAGGGAUGAGGAUGAUGUGCCCACGGUGCCCUCAACCCUGGGCGAGGAGCUCCUUUACAACCCCUUCCUGAGGGUGGCAGAGGAGCCUGUGCGCAAGUUCACAGGAAAGGUCGCCCCAGCUGAAGUCCUGGAAGUGCUCUGCAGAGAGCGAGAAAGCUUUGAGCGGGCAGCUGAGCCGCUUCAGCCACAGGCCCGGGCACUCCUUGCGCUGCAGUGGGGGCUCCUGAGCAUGCCCCGGCCAAAGUGAGCCCUACGUGGGCUGGGCCACAUGCCCCUCCUCCCUUGACCCACAGGAGGAUCGAGCCUUCCCAGCCCUGCCCAGCCUUAGAGGGUGGGCACCCUGGCCUUUCCUGGUAUUGGACACCCGGGGCCCCUCUCUGGGCCACAGUCAGCCCUGAGACUUGGGUGUUUGCGAAGCAGCCUAGUGGGGUGCACAGGGCUCCUGAACUUUGAAUAAAGCUUUGAAAGGCCUCUUUUUUGAUGCUGGUAAACACUCUUGAAGAGAAGCCGGUUUCAGAGAGUUCCCUUUACUAGAAGUGAGCUUCUCGGGGCCAGGCCUGGUGGGCUGAAUGCAAUCUGCCCUCCCCCUGCCCCUUAAGUGGGGGUCCAGCUGUGGAGACAGGACUCAGCCAGAGAGACCACUGAGGCCUGAUAGCAAGAGUCCUUCCCACCUGGACUCAGCCCCCAAGACACAAGUUCUCAAGCCCCAGAGACCGCAGCGUCGUCGAACACCUGGUUCUAGGUGGAGGGAACACCCAUCCCCAGCUGGGGUCAUGGGCCAGGCGCCUGUCUCCUGCCAGUGUCCUCUGCUGCCCAGUGUGGCAAGGUUCCCCAAUCUCUGCUGUGAGCUUGACCAGUCUGGCAGGUCCAGCCUAUCACCACCCUCCACAUCGCAGCUUCAGGUGACUCUAGAAAUGGGGGAUGAGGAACCCCUCCCCUUUUCUCUCCCUUUAUUGCCUCACAGGAUGAGCUGAAACCCUCACAGCUUAGGCCGCCACAACCAGGAGGAGCCAGGGUACCUCUAGGGCUCUGGGCCCAUGGAGAG